AUGGGCAAGAUGACAGAUCAUGAUGCCUGGGCCAUACAGAAACAGAUCAUGCAGAUGGAAUUCCCAUCCAUGGUGCUCAAGUCCUUACAAUUUGCUCUCUUCCGCACAUAUGGAAUCCCAACUAUAUCGACAUUAUUGUUGAAGACAUCGCAAUUCUCCGACUCAGCCACCUCAUUCAAGCGCUACGCAGACACAGGCGCCUUGAUCGGCGAAUUCAUGGCCUUUGAGCCAAGUUCAGAGCGAGCAUUAACGGCAAUUGCUCGAACUAAAUUCCUACACAAGGGCUAUCGGGCAAGUGGCAAGAUCUUAGAAGAUGAUAUGCUGUACACAUUAAGCCUAUUCGCCACGGAGCCGAUCCGUUUCGUGGAGCGGUACGAAUGGCGCAAAAUGACCGACCUAGAACAAUGUGCCGUGGGUACAUACUGGAAGAAUCUCGGUGACGCUCUGGAAAUUAGCUUUGAUGUCUUACCCUCUGGCAAGAUCGGCUUUCGUGAUGGGAUCCACUGGCUGGAUGAAAUCAGUGCCUGGAGCUUGCAGUACGAGAAGCAGCAUAUGAAGCCGCCUCCACGCAACAAGGAGAUUGCCGACAAGACCAUCGACGUGCUCGUUUAUAAUCUCCCAAGUUUCAUGAAGCCGCUAGGUGUAUGCUUUGUUUCGUUUCUGAUGGACGACCGCCUGCGCAAGGCGAUGAUGAUCGAGCCAGCGCCACCAGCUUUUGGCGCAAUCCUGUCCUCCUUGAUAAGCAUGCGCCGGGGUUAUCUGCGCUACCUGGCACUCCCUAGACCAAAUUUCAUGCGUUUGGACGUCUUCAGCGAGAAGCCGAACAAGCACGGGAAGAAUUUUAUACUGAUGUACGAAGGCAUCCCAUUCUAUGUACAGCCGACCAUCUGGAACCGCUGGGGCCCUAUGGCAUGGUUCAAAUGGGCAAUCGGACAGCCGUUGCCAGGUGAUGAGGGUGACAAGUAUUAUCCACAGGGAUACUUCACACCCGAUCUGGGCCCUAAAUACUUCGAAGGCAAGGGACGGAAGGAGCUGGAGGUGAUCAAGCAGAGUUUGCGAGCUCAGCGGACAGGACGGUGCCCGUUCCCGUGA